AUGGUCGUGGCCAUGGCGGCGGCGCGGCGGAGGCGGGUGUGGCGGUGGGCCAUGCGCGCGGUGGCCAGCGCGGUGAUGUGGACGGCGGUCCUGCAGCUGGCGUCCAUCACCGGCCUCUGGCGCCCCAGGGUCUUCGCGGACUGCUGGGGCGGCUCCGGCUCCGGGGGCGCCUCGGCCGGCCUGGCCGCGCUCGCCGGCGAGGACCGGGUCGCCGCGCGGCUCUCCCCUCCGGCGCUCGUGCCCAGGAGAGUUUAUAGAAGCAAUGGCUAUCUGCUAGUAACUUGCAACGGAGGCCUUAAUCAAAUGCGAGCCGGGAUAUGUGAUAUGGUGACCAUAGCACGCCAUCUGAAUCUAACAUUAGUGCUCCCUGAACUGGAUAAAAGGUCUUUCUGGGCUGAUCCAAGUGAUUUUGGAGAUAUAUUUGAUGUGAACCACUUCAUUAAUUCGUUAAGAGACGAACUAAAAAUUGUCAAAGCACUACCGUUGAAACUCCAGCUAAAAACUAGGAGAAGACUUUAUUCGAUGCCUCCUAUCAGCUGGUCAAACGAUACAUACUACCUAAAGCGGGUAAAUAAUGUAUUACCUCUUGCAAGGAAGCACAAGGUGAUCCAUUUCAAUAAAACGGAUGCCCGGCUAGCAAACAAUGGCAUUCCUAUCCAUCUCCAAAUGCUGCGCUGCCGUGUCAACUUUGAGGCUUUGAGAUUCACUCCACAGAUUGAGGCCCUUGGCAGAAAACUUAUCUCCACCCUUCAACGAAGUGGGGAAUUUGUUGUGCUUCACUUGCGUUAUGAAAUGGACAUGCUCUCCUUUUCAGGCUGCACACAUGGCUGUUCCGAUAAAGAAACUGAGGAGCUCACCAGAAUGAGAUAUGCAUAUCCAUGGUGGAAAGAAAAGGAAAUCGAUUCUGAAACCAAGAGGCUUCAGGGACUUUGUCCCCUCACACCUGAGGAAAUUGCUCUAGUGCUUAAAGCUCUAGGGUUUUCAAAGGAUACGUUGAUAUAUAUUGCCUCUGGUGAAAUCUAUGGAGGUGAAAGACGGUUGGCUGCUCUUAAGGCUGCCUAUCCGAAUUUGGUUAGAAAGGAAAAACUGUUAUCUUCCAAUGAAUUGUGGCCAUUCCAGAACCAUUCGACCCAGAUGGCAGCACUGGACUACAUGGUUUCGAUAGCAAGCAAUGUUUUCAUCCCCAGUUAUGAUGGAAAUAUGGCAAGACUUGUCGAAGGUCACCGCAGGUAUAGUGGCUUUCGCAAGACCAUCUUAUUGGACAGGACAAAACUUGUUGAACUUUUGGAUCAUUUCCAAGGAGGUUCAUUGUCCUGGGAUGAAUUCUCUGCGGCUGUGAAGGAGGCGCACCAGUAUCGCAUGGGCCAACCCACAGACAGAAGGGCCAUCCCUGGCCGGCCCAAGGAAGAGGACUACUUCUAUGCUAAUCCCCAAGAAUGCGUCGGUUCCAGUUCCAUGGGGAGAUUAAGAGAUGUUUCCUGA